AUGGCUGAUCCUUUUCUAUGCCUCGUCAGAGGUCGGUGUUUGAGCUUCUCUGCCUUCUCUCCAGCUCCCUUUCCAUCUCCAAAGCCCUUCUUCCAUGAAAAACUUGGUAGCAUUCACGCUCCAAUUGCAGGAUUUCCUAAGCCCAGGCCUACGCUUCUUCCGCAUUCAUCCUCGCAAUUACAUCUGAUUUCCACAAGCGAGUGGUUUGAUGGAAGCGUCGUCUUCUGCUUUGGGGACGAGAGCGAGAAAGCUGUUGCUGUUCCCACUGAAACGGAAAUUGGCGAAGAGGAUUGUGAGUGUCAGGUUGUUACUGAAACUAAUAAUACUAGUAGUCUUCAUGUGCAAAAUUCAGAAUUGAGCAAAGAAUUUUUGGGGAGCAAUGUGCAUGAAUCCAAAAUUGAACCCGAAAUUCGUGCUUUUCCGGCAAGUGACGGUGCCGCCAAAGAGAACGCUGUCGUUGAUACAGAUCCUAAUGCGGUUUCAGCCACCAGUACCAACAACAAUGUGACUGGUGAAGAGGAAACAGGGCAUGCCGCCACAACCACCGCAGCAGAUGAAACUGAAAAAGGCUCAAAAGUGUUAGCUGAGAAUGCCCCUUCCACAAAUUCAGAAGACAAAUUCACAGAGGGAAAAGCACAUAGAAGAGAUGUUUCAGGAGUAUCAACUACUAGGGUAGUGGAAUUGCACACAUUUGAAGGCACUCCUGAUGGGGAGGACAGAUCUGCAGUUCUUCAACUAUCUUCUAGUGCUGCUGUAUUACCUCAUCUCCCAAAGUUAGCUGAGAAUCCUCCUUCCAGAAAUGUAGAAGAUGAAUUCACAGAGGGUAAAUCACAAAGAGGAGAUGUUUCAGGAGUAUCAACUCCUAGGAAAGUGGAAGUACAUGCAGUUCAAGGAACUUCUGAUGGGGAGGACAUAUCUGCAGCGGUUCUUCAACUAUUUUCUAGUGCUGCCUUAUUACCGCAUCCCUCAAAGGUAGACACACACUUCCAAAGACACAUGUGCACAGACACAAUGAAGUUUGAUGGUGGGGAGGAUGCUUACUUUGUUGCUUGCCAAAACUGGCUAGGUGUGGCUGAUGGAGUUGGUCAGUGGUCACUAGAAGGGGUUAAUCCUGGACAUUAUGCUCGUGAACUCAUGGAGACUUGUGAAAGAGCUGCUGCAAAAACAAAAGCACCUGGACUAUCUACUGUUUUGGUCGCUUAUUUUGAUGGUCAGGCUCUCCAUGUGGCCAACAUUGGCAACUCGGGAUUUAUUGUAAUUAGAAAUGGUGCUGUCUUCAAAAGAUCAUCACCAAUGGUUCACGAGUUCAAUUUUCCAUUACAGAUUGCAAGAGGUGAUGAUCCCUCCAAACUUAUAGAGAGAUACCGAAUAGAUUUGGAUGAUGGAGAUGUGAUUGUCACUGCAACAGAUGGCCUCUUUGACAACUUGUAUGAGCAAGAGAUCAUCUCAAUUGUAUCAAAGUCUAUGCAAACCACAUUGAAACUUGAGGAUAUAACAAAGUUCUUGGCAACUAGUGCACAAGAAGUGGGGCAAUCUACAUCUAGAAGGAGCCCAUUUGCAGAUGCAGCCGAGGCAUCUGGGUAUGUGGGAUAUAGUGGAGGCAAGCUUGAUGAUGUGACCGUUAUCCUGUCAUAUGUACAAAAAAAAUCCAGUACCUUACGGUAA